UUAUUUCUAGGCCUGCUUCCUUUUUUCUUCUUUCACAUAUUUCUCAGCCUCCUGCUGUUUUAAAUUCUCAUAUUGCAAUGAGAGGUUUUUUUCCUCUCAUAAGGCCUAGCUGCUGUGAAGCCUUUUCAGGCCAUUUCUUCCUGAGAAAUGUAGCAGAACAGUGCUUGGCAGAUAACCACGGGAGAUAUUUUGUUUUUCCUGACAAUGUAUUUCAAAGGCAGUUAACAUAAUCUCAGCCUAUAAAAUAAUUUAAAAUUGUUACCACUUUUUUCUUCCUUGUAAAAUUCUAUGCCUUUAGAAAUGAGUUCAAAAGAAGACUUGUUGCCAUUUUCAUCAUGAUAUAAAGUUAAAUGGCAUAGUCAUUUUUUGUAUGAUCUUUAGAGUAUGUACCAUAAUUUUGGAUGCUCUUAUAAACCCAACUUGAGGGUUUUUACUGGGAUUUUACCCACAUUACUUCCUCUAGAAGUUAAUGGUAUGAGACCUCCUUUCAAAUGUUAUAUACCUUCGGAAGGAAUUUGACACCAUAUGUAUUGAUCAUCUACAAGAAGAUACCUCAUCCAGGAGUGCAUGAAGCUUGUGAAGAAGAUAUGUUGGGUGUUGUCAACUGACAAGUUACUUUGGUAAGGCAUGAAGCUGAUACUGUGUAUCUUUGACCAAUUCCAUUGACCUGGCUCUAGGCGGAGGGACAUCAAGUCUUUGCUGCUUGAUCUGCCUGGCAAGUUCUGUGUUGUACAGAGAACAGGUAAACAGAUGGGUUCUCCGGCUAGAUUUGGAUGUAGGAUUCAUUCCUCAUGCUGGUGAUCCUCAAACGGAUAGUCUUCAGAUAUCACCUGGGGAGCUUGUUUGACAUAACAUUUGUAAAGUCCACUCCCAGAAAUGCUGAGUCAGGAGGUUGAAAAUCUGCAUUUUAACAUGGACCUUAGGCGACCUAAAUUUGGAUCUUACCUAUGGGCCUGCAACUUCAAGUUUUCAUUCUUGCAGGGGGAACAUCAGAUUUUAGUUCUUCUGUAGGACUCUCCUAGCUCUGUGAGUUUGGAGCUAAUUGACCUGUCUUGUUCCUACCUGCAAAACAGGUGAUGUUGGCUGAAACACCCUCUCUCACUGGGUGCUUGUUGGAAUCCAAAUGAGCUGAUGGACAGAAAAAAAAAGCAACUACACAUUAGAAAGUUCUGAACAGACAAAAGACAUUGUUUAUGGUAUUGAUUCUUCAGAUCCAGUCUGAAAGUCGCUUUAUAGAUUAAAAAAGCUUAGGGAUAGGAUUUUUGUAUCCUGAGAAUUCAGGAGGACAUUCCUUAAGAUAGACUUUGGAUAUUUUGUAAAUUAAGUAACAAGUUCUUUUAAUGUUUUUUUUUCCAGCUUGGUGGUAUUGACAAGUCUGUCUCCUUUCUGUCUUGAGACUAUGAUUUUCAUCUUGUUUUUUCCCUAGGUGGAAUUGAGGUCUAAUUGCAUAUUUCACCAUUUUCUUUUAAAUGAAGAUUUAGUGACUGUGAUUCAUUGAUAAAAAAAAAAAAUCAUACUUUUCUCCAAGGUUUACUCUCUAGAAUGUAACAAGGUUUUGAAAAGGAAGCAGUUUCCUUUUACUAUAAACAAUGUGAUUCUUUAGAGAAAUUUUUAUUUAAGGAUUGCUUUAUAAGAUUUAUUAUAAACCGCUCCUUUUGUGGUUACCAUAGUUCAUUGUGUUUUCCACAAAGAAAACCUAGGCUUUAAGCCUGAUUAGCCUAAUUAGAUUAGUUUGCUAGCAUGUGGAUGACCCAAAUCUGACUGUUGUCAACAGAGAAUGGAAGUGAUUGCUUUGAACCAAACUGAACCUUAGUCUGCGAUCAGUGUCAUGAAUCAGCAAUCAUUCUUCUGGUCUGGCACUGUUGCUGUUAGCAAUAUGUCAUACUUUUGAAUUCUCACAUUCAAUUUUUAAAAUUUUAAAACCAGAUGAAUUCAUAUUUAUUUCUGUAUCUUCAUGAUACUGUUUUUUUUUCCAGUUUUCACAUGUACGGAUGUAGCAAUGGGCAGAGUUCUUCUCUGUACUUCUGUAUUGAACUUGACUGUAGUUAGAACCAUUAACCUAGAUUACGUCAGUCAGAUGGUUACAGAGCUAUAACUUGUGAAGGUUAUCAAAGGUCUGUUUCCCCUUUGGCUUACUCUGAAUUGGAAAGUAACGUUAUCUUAGUCCUUAGAGUAUAGAAGCUUUCUGUUGAGGUUAUAGUCUAGUAGCUCCAUUAAUUUGGUUAUCUAUGUGAGCAGGUCUAGCCUAGGGUCAAAUUUCUAGGCUACUCAAUUGAGAACCUUAAACCUUGAUAUAUAUAAAAUAUAUUUUUUUAAAGUAAAAAUUAAAUAACCCUCAUUUCCUUGUAUUGGAGGCUCUCAGAUUCUGAAACAUGAAAUGGAAAUGGCCUUCAUAGACAUGUUUUUGAGUGUGAGGAGAGGCAGUUCUUUGUCUUGAGAUCAUUUGAAAACAAACCAGGUUACCCACCAAAGCCCAGAACUUUGUAAGUGGCAUCAAGAGAUAGAUUUAAAAUUGUUAGAUGGUCUUUCAGCAGCUCGGAAUUCUAUAAGAUAUCUUGCUUUACCUACUUUUUAAAAAUUUCUCCCUUAACUUUUUUCUGGAUACUUGGAAUAUUUUUUUGCAGUCUGAUGGGAUUGUUGGUGAGGCUGAGUGGCUGGGUGCAGGUAUUGUAGCAGAGGAGGAAAAGUAAUUUAUUCUGUCUACUGAUGUCUUUAACUUUUAGUUUUGACAGUAGAAUGAGAUGUGGGAAGCUUUGAUAGGUGAAAUUCAGUCUCUCAGGGUAAGUCUUAAAGUUGGCUUUUUGGCUCUUACUAUUACUAAUAGUUUCUGAUGGGGACAGAGAUGAGUUUUUAAGAUUUAGCCUUAAUGGUGAUUCACAAAUGCAAUGUAGACUAUUGAAGUUAAGUCCAAGGUCAAGCACAUGAGUGGGCAGACUGACUAUAUGAAGUGGUUAUGUGACUAGAGCCUGUCUGGCCUUUACCAAAAUAAACAAAGGAGACAGUGCUGGAGUCGGAAGGCCAUGGACUAGGAGUUGAGACCAGAGUCCUCCAGACCCUGCAUCCCAGCUCUGCAGUGGAUAGCUUUUCAUAGGCUCAGUGAGGAGUUAAGGCCUUCUGGUUCAGAAAAAGUUACUUAGGUCUGUAAAAGGCAGUAGGGUACUGGAACAAGAAAGAGUGGGAGAGUGCACAGUUCCCAGCAAAUGUUGCCUGUGGAGGCUGUUUCAUCAGUUGAAGGACAGUUUUGAUAGAAAGAAAAGCACAAUGUUUCUCAGCAUCAGCUGCGUAUAUCUUGCUUGUGUAUUUUUGAAAAAACUCUUAACAAUGAAAUUGUUGUGAACUGUAAACUUUGUAUUUUAAUACCUACUUUUAGUUUUGGCUCUAAAAAAGGAGGCUUUGACAAGAGGAAUAACAAAAGAACACAAAGCGAUUUAGCAUGUGGUUGGCACUUUCCCACAGGCUGUGGGGAGAGCCCUGCUAAUACCUCUUUCCCCGAGUCAUCAAAUGUAUGUUACCCAGGACCUGUCAUGGUUUGUCCUUAUCUAAGCUUGAGUGACCUUCGGAUUCCUUUCCUUGCUUGUUUCUCCAUUGUGUUAUCAUUUCAUAUUUAUAUUUCUCAUAAUGGGACCUGUUUAUAUAUUGUGAGGUAGUUCUAGUGAUUUUAAGAUCUAGCAUAACUUCAAGGUCAUCUUGAUUUUAGGCUUCUAUUUAAAUUUUCUAAUCUGAUACAAUCUUUUUGGGGUAUUUUAUAUGUCGCUCUACAAAAUAAUGUGAGAGAAUUACAUGUACAAUUAUAUAUGACUGUUGUUUUUACUUUGAAAUAUUAAAUCUUGCUCAGGAGAAUGGAAUAAGCUAUUGUGUUUUUUACAGGCAGCUAUAGGUUACCCCAGUUUGCCCCUCCCUUUCCAUUAAUUUUGAAGCCUGAGAGAAGUAAUAAUGUUAAGAUUUAGUGUAGAAUGGAAUAAACAUUUUUAAAAAAUUCCUAAGAAUUUUUAAGUCUCUGACUUAAUAUUUUACUGACCUAAUCCUACUGCCAGCUGAAGGUAUGAUCUUGAUAAUGAUCUUCAGGGUCCUUGUAAGUUCUAGCAGUCAGAGAUUUCUCUCUGUUAUUCUUGUUUGAAAAGGAAAAAGCCUCUUUUUGCCUAUCAAAUUGCAUCUUAAAAUUUUUGGCAAAUUACAUAAAGCCGAAGAAGGAUACAAAUUUUGACAUCUUAAAAUCCACAGUGUUAAGGCUUGAAAGGUCAAUAUUGGCAUUACUGCUCAGUGGAAGCACGAAGAAGUGCCUUUUCGAGAGCAGUUAGUUGUGUCUGUGUUAAUUGUGCCCUUCACCCACCUGAGUUGCUCCCUUCUGGGAGCAUCCCUUCUUACUAAGGAUCAGAAUUUCCUUAGGAUUAGCAAGUGAUGCCUGAAUUAGUCUCAAGUGGGAAUUGGUGCUUUUUUUCUAGAAUUAUUUUUGUGCAGAGGUUUGUCCAGGAGAUUUUUCUUCUAAAUGUCUUCCUUCUGACUUGGUAUUUUUGGAACUUUUUAAAAACCCGAGUUAUUGGUGAUCAUAUUUUCAUUCUUUUUAGGUGGGAGUUUUCUGAACUUUUCCUUAACUAAAAGGUGAAUUGCAUCUUAAUAUCCUCUCCCCUUUUUUGCCUCAUAUUUCUUCCCAUGUAGGGGAAAAUAUAUAUAUUGUGACAGAACUUAGCAUGUUUUAGGCCAUAUAAAAAUAGUGAUAAAGUUAUUAAUCGGUGAAGAUAGGUUUUAGUGAAAAAAUAUAUACCAUUUGAUUAAUAGAUGUGUCAUUGGAAACAUGCAAGAACUGCUGUAAGAGUUGAUGACAGUGUAUUGGAAAAUGUACUGAGCCAAAAACAAUGGGAAACAGUCAUAUUUAGGGGCAUCAGCCUUUUUUAAAAAAAAAUCCUUCUAGUUUAUUGAUACGUAGUCUAAUAAAACCCUGAUUUAGAGGAUUUCUGUCAUUUCUGAAAAAAUAGCAUUGCAAAAAAUAAAGACUUCUGCACCUUUUUUGAUUUUUCAUUCAACUACCCUACUUUUUAUGUUCUCCAAAAUCCUUUGUCUCCUUUAUUGAUGAAAUGGAAGCAGACUUUUUUUUAUAUGUUGGGGUUUUCUCAGUGGUGUAGGCCCCGGGGAAAACGUUUUGUUUUGUGGUCACUUAACAUUUUGGUAACAUAUAGUUCCUCAUGAAAUGUGAUUUAGCUGGGUAUCUUUUAAAAUCUGGAAUCCAUGUCCUUGGUCGAAAUCUCUCCUGAGAGGCUUACCUUUCACCACCUUGUCCUGCUGUAUUGUGCCGCAAGAUUGCUCAGUGGUUCCAUCAAAAGUCCAUGCCUCCCCUGAAGUCUGGAUUUAUAAAUCCCCCUCUCACACAUUAUGUUCUUAUCACCUUCCUCUUUUCAAAGAAUUGGAGCUCAUGCAGAGGGUGGGGGAAGCCACUGUGCUGUUCACUGUCUUUACUGUGGAAGCCAGUGGCCAUUUGGUUUGGGUGCACCCUGCUUGCUCAGAGGGCUUCCUGGCCAUGUCCACAGUUUCCAUGAGAGGCAGGCUCUUUGUGCCUCUACUUGUUUUAUGGAUUGUUUUGUAUUUGUAUUUGUCCUGGCUAUUUGUGCUGUAGCUCCUGUCACUGUCUGCUGUAAGUUUAACUUCAUCAAUAAAAAGAAUGUCUCGGAUGAAAAGAGGUGUGUUGUUAUGGUUUGUGGGAUGGAUUCUGAUGCUCCAUUUAUGUUCUUCAUGUGGAACUCUGUCUCAUUUCCCUAGUUCUAAAUGUGACCAGCUGACUCUGCGGACAGGUGGAGGUCCUCAGAGUUCCACAGUGACUUCAUAGAGGAGCUGUCUUGGAGGUGAACAGCUGCCCAAGAUAUCUGAGUUGCAGUGGGAAUUGGAAACCGAUAAGUUUGUUAGACUUAGCCCACAAGAUUAACUGGGGAGAUCCAGUUGAGUCAGGGUCAGCUUCCCACACGGUACUUGCAAAGACUGGCGUUAAAGCAACUAUGGUUUCCUAUUCUGGGUCAAGUUCAAUGACUUAUGAAGACUUAGUGGAGAGCACUCGACUUGUAAAGACACUCACCCCAAGUGUAUUACAGAAGAAAAAGGAGGCUCUCGGCUUGCAGGCAUCGUCCGUCACCUUUAGCCGGGUGUCUGACAUCCAUCAUGGAUCUCGGCUGUUUACUGAGCUGUACCUGUCUGAGAUAGAGAAAAUGUUUGAGGAGAACGAUGACUCGACUGGAGCCCUGGACAUGGACACUUUCAUCAAGGCCAUGAAGAAGGUUCUGAGUGGUGCAUCGGAGGAUACGCUGAAGGCGCUGUUUUUGAAGGUGGACUCGGACUGUAAUGGCUUCGUCACCUGGGUGAGGAGGGUGCCCCGCGGCCUCAGGCAGGAAAAGUAUAUGGAUUACAUGAUGCACGAGUUCCAGGGAAAAGAGGAGAUGAGGAAGAACCAGUACCGCCUGCACUUCAUCCUUCCCAUGACGGUCAUCCCCCUGAAUCAUGGCUGUGAGAUUGUGAAAGUGGAAUUUUUAACCCGCCGGUUCAAGAAGGUUGGAUGUUUCCUGACUGUCACCAAAGACGGGACCCUGCAGUUCUGGUCUGAGUCCUUCUUGCUGAUCAAGUCCUUCUGGCUUCACCAGCAGCUCCACAGCCAGCAGCUGUGGGUCACUGACAUGGUGUGUCUGCACAACAAUAACCUCGUCGCAGUUGCAACUGCUGAACAGAAGAUAGAGUUCUUUGAUAUUAGUAACUAUCAGUGUGUCCGGGCCUUCACCUUUGCUGAUCUGGACAGCUGUGUUCUGGUCAUGGACUACUGGUCUGACUAUCACAGAGGUGUGUUCUGCUACGGGGACACCAAAGGCAACGUCAUCAUCUUCACCUCCGAAAACGUGACCGACGGGCUGUUCAACCCCAGCGUCCUCCCCAAGGCCUCCAAACGGGAUCACUGGAUCAAAGUUUCCAUGCAGAAACUCUUAAAUGAGAAGUCCGCCUUUUAUAGAAGUUACCGAAUGAAGGCUCUCCAUCCCAACUGGUGUCAGAAGGUCAAGUUCAUCCACCAGGUGAAUCUGGUGGCCUCCUGUUCUGCCAUUGAGAAGUCCUCCCUGGUGCUGACAGUAUUGCCAUUCACGGCCUCUGAGAAGCCCACGUUGACAGUGCUGAAUCUAAGAAAAGGGAUUCUUUGCUUUGAUUACUGCGCAGACAAGAACUUCCUGGUGACUGGUGGUUACAACCCCAUCAUCCACCUCUGGAACCCCUCUGUCUCAAAAAAGCCUGUGUGGAUGAUGAAGGGACAUCAGACCUCAGUGACACAUGUCAUCGUGAACAACAGGAACAGCAGCAUACUCAUCAGCGUCUCCAGGGACAAGAACAUCCGUGUGUGGGACAUGGACGACCAAAUAUGCCUCCAGUCUCUCUGCGGGAAGCGGUUUGCCCUGGGAAACUGCCCGAUCACCAGCGCCUACUUCCACAAGGACGACACCCUCAUCUGCAGCACCUAUUCAAUUGGGAUCCUAAAAGGAUACUUGGAGGCCCAGGGGCCUAUGAAAGCAGGGAAGAUCACAACUCAUGGCUCGUCCCUGUGCGCUGUCCUCUACAGCAGGAUCUUUAAGGAGGUGGUAACUGGCUCCCUGCAAGGCUCAGUGAAUGUGUGGGAGAUCGUGACGGGCACGAAGCUGAUGGAGUUCUCUGUGUCCGGUGCCCAGAGCGUGGAGCUGACCGCCAUGGCCCUGGACGAAUCACAGCGGUGCCUGCUCACAGGUUUGCGGGACGGCACGAUGAAGAUGUGGAACUAUAACAUCGGUGAAUGCCUUUUGGUCUUUCCCAACCCAGACCAGCUGGAGAUUAGUGGGAUUGUCCAUAUGAAUGAAGUGUUCUACGUAACAGGGUGGAGUAAGAGAAUCACCUGUUUCAUGUUCCACAAGACCCGGCCGGUGCUCUUGUGCUACCACUGGCAGACCUUCCACACAGAGGACAUCCUGAGCAUGGCCAAGUACCGGAACCAGUUCCUCGGGACCUCCUCUUACAAUGGGGACAUCCUCUUCUGGAACACCAGCAUCUUCAAGCCCAUCUUCAACUUCAACGCCUCUGAGGGCCCCUUGCCCCUGCAGCCCAAGAGGGUGAAAGACGUGGACAGCUGCUCCGCGCCCAGCAUACCCUGUGCGGAGCCGGAGAAGUGGGCAUACAAGUCCCACAGGAGGUUCUCUGUGGCCAGUGCCAACCCGAGGCGGAGCCUGACGUCGUCCGUCCCAGUGAUAGGACUCGAGAGAGACAUGGAGCCAGACAGGCUUGUGCUGCAGCAGAAACGUGCCAGCGCUGAUGUUUUCAAGUGGUCAAGCAAGCGCCGUAGCAGACAGUCAUCAACGCACGAGGCUGAAGUGAGAAAAGAGGAGCUCCAGAAGAAUAUGCUGCUGCGGUCCAGAGCUUCAGUGGAGAAGAUCAUCUUCCUGCACACCCGGCCUCGCCACCCACACGUGGCUGCCCUGCUGAGCAGCUGCAGCGACGGCUACAUCUACGCCUGGUCCAUCCACGGGAGCGGAGGCCUGCUGGGGAAGUUCUCUGUGGAGCUCAACGAGUAUGGUACUUUUGUCGUGGGUGCCAUGGCCACUGACAAAAAUGACUACAUCCUCGUCACAGGGGAUUCCCAAGGGCAAAUCAAGAUCUGGGACAUCAAGGAUUACUGCGUAUUCACUGACCAAGGGCCAUCCCAAUCUGAUAGGAGUAAGGGCGACUCUGAAAUAGAGAACAAGUUCCGGGUCGCCAUUCCUCAACGGCUUCCUCAACGGCUUGAGAUCGGCGUACCACACUACAUUCCCUUGGAUGAGAAAGAGGUUGUGGCUGGCCAUACCAUUUCUCUGGUUCCCCCCAAGCUCCUGAUUACCUGGAAUGGCCAUUUGGAUAGUGUGACAGAUAUCCUGUAUGUGGACAGCUUCCAGCUGGUUAUCAGUGCUGGCCAGGACCGGAACGUCAAGGCUUGGAAACUCUCCGGUGAUGCCAUUGGAACCUUUGGCCUGAGUAUGUGGAAAAUACUCCAUGACACCCCUAGUGGUCUUCGAGAACAAACAGCAAGCAAAGAGAAGGCCGACUCCACAGGCACUGCCCAGAAGGCCUCCCACCUGCAGCUGCCGGAGGAGAGGGACGCCGCUGAGGCCCAGGCACUCCCACGGCAGGAGCAGGAGGCACUGCUGGCCCUCCUGAACGCGAAAGCAAAUGAGGCGGAGGCUGGGGCCAAGCUGCAGAAGCCGGCCCCGAUGUCCCCAGAGGCUGAAGAGAGCUCCCCGGAAGACAUCGAGGAGAGCUGGAAUAAGUGGGAGUCGCAGGGCAGGCAGGUGAGCAUAGUGUUGGGAAUGGCAUACAAGCCCAGGAAGCGGGGGCUCAACACCAGGCUCCUGUCCACUCAAGUGCAGUACGGCUUGAUGAAGCAGCAGAUCUCGCCGCAGAUCUACCAGAGCCUGUACUUCGCUGAAUUGAUGCCCACCCAGCAGCUCAGCUUCCCGGCCAGCAGGGGCCUACGUGUCUGCCUGCCGGCCCCUGACACCCAGAAGGACCUGGAGCCUGGCGGGGAGCUGGUGGCGAUGGAGACCUCGGCCUACAUGCUCCCUGUCACCUCCUCCCCCUCUUCCCUUCUGUCCCCGACAGCCUCAGCCUCCAGGUUGCCGGACUCCACCUUGCCCACCUUCCUCAGGCCCCAGUCCUCCAGCCUCCCGCUGCACCCCUGGUUGGCCUCCAGGGCCCAGUCCACAUACUCGGUCCCCUCCCCAGUGUCUGAGCCCGCCCUGAAGAGCUCGGAGAGCUCCGUGCCCGUUGCCGCCUCCCCCAAGCAGCUCCCAAGGCCUCCGAAGGCCGCCUUCACGUCCGCCGUGGACAAGGGCCCCUACAGCAGGUUCUGAGGCGCCCGGCCUCCUCUCUGUCCUCCAGCAGGGCGCCCAGGCCUGUGGGGUCCUGCACAUGCCUGGCUUAGGCCCUGCUAGGCCCAGAGGGUGUGUCCCCCCACCCCCCAUUACCCCCGUCUGCCCGUCUCUGCCCGUUUUUUCUCUGCCUUCGAGCUGGAGUCCUGGAGAAGAGAAUAAAUUUUCUCAGAUGUGGGAGUCCCACAGGUGAUGA